CAGAAGUCAUGGCUGCUCCCAGGAACCGCAAACAGCGACGCGCAGCAGCAACAGCGGUGUUAAACUCAGAGGACUCUUUCGACGCGUCCUCAAUUCCCCUUGCACAUCCCUCUGAAGAUGUCGGGUCGAAAACUAAACCAGCGAAGACAUUGUAUGAAGUCAUUGCGGAACGGCAGCAGGAGCUCGCAUUGAAGAUGCAAGGCAAAGAAAAGACCCUCACUGCCAGCAAGCCUUGCCGACCACCUAAAGCUUCGUCCCCAACGGAAACGCAAUUCGUUACGGUCGACGAGUCCGGCAGAAUCUCGCGGAUUGAUGAUCCUUCCAAGAGCUUAUUUGACAGCGAGGAAUUUAAAUCACCAGCAGGUACCAAGGUGGAUUAUAAGAAAGAGUCAAAAGAUACCACAACAGAUGAUGAUGAUGAGGAGGAGGAGGAGGAGGAGGAGGAGGAGGAGGAGGAGGAGGAACUCAUCCCGCCAAUACUCGAUACCCUACUCUUAUCCGUAACGUUGACAAUUCUCCAUUUAACCCUCGCGUACCUUGCGGCCCAUCAAUAUGCGCAGGAAAUCCCGAUAAAGGCCCUGUUUCGCGAAUCCGCCUUCGUUGCCUUGCCAGUGCUGACAUUGCUCGUCCAUCUCGCUCACGGCCACAUCGUAUCCUUUGGCAGGGGCAGGGGGAAGCAGCAGCAGCAACCUCUAUCUUUGUUUCCUAUAACCAGAGAAAAAUUAGCUUUUUCCUUUCUUCGAAAACUCCUCUUCCCACCUUCCUUGAAAACCUGUGUUUUCCUGCCAAUCGCCGUCUACCUGGGGGGUAAGCUGAUCGCUGUCACGAACGAAGAUCCGUACUAUGCGGUGAUGAAACGGGCUCCUGCUAUGGGUACGAUAUGGAUGUGGUGCAUAUUGGAGAUGUCGUUGGGUGCGGCGACUGUAGGGGCUUUGGGACCGCUGGGGUGGGGGAUCCUUUGGAAGGGAUAUGGAAUAUUCUAGGACAGAACGACACUGUCGUUGAUGCUCCAAGGAAAGCUCGGUUUGAUCGAGGCAUUCUCUAUGUGCAGCAUCGUACAUACACGCCACUCUACUCCCCUGUUCGAGUCAGAUAGCAGCACUACAACAAGCCCACCCUAUCAUGGCAUGCCAUUGACGAGCUCCGCCAUGUUUCUCCGCAGUAGUAUCUUCUUAAGGAUAUUGUUUUAUAUUUAGCCGACUUUCCAUAGUUAUCUGCACACAUGAGCUAUCGUCCUGAUGCCAGUUUGGGUCCUGGCCACAGAAUUCUGAAAACAUGGAAACGCAAUACAGAGUGGCUCUUCCUCCCGUGCGAGGUUGAGUGAUGCCACCCUCUUCAUGCCACUGGUCUAUGCAAUGUCGCAUACUAUUUUGAGAAGGAGACAGUGCUAUUUCCGGGUGCUUAGACUGCUGAAUUAGAUGAUGA